GCUACUUCGAAGACAGACUGCAACAAGUGUCUUCAGUGAGUCUGUCUCCAUAAAUCAAGCCGGGUGCACAGUGCUACUCACGUGGGGGAAGAUGUACUAACAUAAUAAGUGGACAAUCGUUCGUUAGCACGAACUCUUAAUCAGUGCUCAACCAUGGCCUCCAUUGUCCAGGUAUUCGUUAUCGGGCUGUUGACCGCUCGAUGGUCACCGGUUGGGGCACGUCUUCCCCGAAUCCACGUGGACCCAAGCACUGGUCACUUUAUGGACUCCGAGGGGAGGAUCACGUUGUUUCGGGGUAUCAACUCGGUGAUCAAGCACUUUCCCUGGUACGAUCCCGCCAUGUUGGACCCUCAGAGGCACGCCGAAUUGGCCAAGGCUGGCUUUAACGUGGUCCGAUUGGGUGCCAUGUGGACUGGAGUGGAGCCCACUGAAGGCCAUAUCAAUCAAACCUACAUCGAUAUUCUCAAGGAAAUCGUUGUAUCCUUGGAGUUCGUUGGAAUUUACACGGUACUUGACAUGCAUCAAGAUGUCUUGUGGAAAACUCAAAAGACGGGAGACGGAUAUUUUGGCAUUCCUCCAUGGAUUCAAGAGAAACUGAACCAAACGGCAGAUUUCCCCUGGCCUUUCGAAAAGUUAUCUGCCUGGCCUUGCGGUUACUUCACGAUAGAAAUCAACGAAGGCUUCGAUCAGUUCUAUCGAAACGUGGGCAACUCGACGGAGAGCUUCAUCCACUUUUGGGAGACCAUGGCCAAAAAUUUUAAAGACCUGCCCGGGGUUCUUGGCUAUGAGCUCAUUAAUGAACCAUGGGGCGGGGACGCAUAUAAGGAUGCCUCGCUCCUUUUGCCGGGAGUGAGUGGGCGUCGCUACCUGGCCCCACUUUAUGAUCGGGUUAGUGCGGCUAUCAGGGCCAUUGACGAUCAGACGCUCAUCUUUUGGAACCCACCUUUCACGUCCAACCUCAUGCCAUUCUCAGUUCCUACCUACUUUGACAAUCUGAUGGAGAACUACUUCGCAAAACACUCCCUGGCGGACUUUAUGAAGCUCGGAUCGCCGUGCGGUCCACUGGAUCUAGAUUUUCAAAAGCAGAAAGACAUUCCGAAAUCCAUGUCAGCUUUGGACACGGUGUUUGAGGUUCUCUCCAAGGUGUUGUCCUUUCAAAUGGUGUCAGCCGCCAGUCAAGCAUUGCUCUAUGAUUGGUUUGAGGAAGUGGGUGAUGAAGCAGAAAUGCCAGCCUUUGGCUUUGGCAUGCGACACGUGCCCGGAGGUCCAGAGUUCUUGAAUCGUACCGUCAUGUCUUGGCAUUACUACUGUCUGGCCAUUUUUGAUAAUCCCAGCUCUGAAGAGCCCUAUCCACCGGUCCUUCAACGCCUCUGUGAUAAAACGCUCGGACCCAAGCACUUCGAGGCCAUCCGUGAGCAAGCCCAACUUUUGGGCGGAAGUGGGACCAUGCUCACGGAGUUUGGUUUGUGCACGCCUAAUAUCACGGCUCCUGGAAGCCAAAGCUUUAUCGAGUGCAACUUCGUCAUGGAAUCCAUGGAAAGCUACUUGGAGUCCUGGAUCUUUUGGGACACCUCGCAUGAGCACGAUCCAGUCUUUUGGGACUUGGAGGGCAACUUUCUGGAAGACCGGGUAGCUCUCUUUGCUCGACCGUACCCCAGGUCAGUGGCAGGCGUGCCCUAUCAUCUCGCUUUCAAUAUCACCACCCGCGAGUUUGGCUUUGAGUUUUUCCCAUUGAAGGACUCGUUGCUCCAGACAGAGCUGGUGCUUCCCAGUAUUCAAUAUCCAGAGGGAUCGUUUCAAGUCAACGUCAGUGAAGACCUGAGAUGGGUCCUGAGUGCUUCAACAGCCCCUAGUGUGCUAAGGGUGACUGGAACUAAACACUCUGCCCUAAAUAGGAAAUCCUUUGUCAAAAUCAAGCCUGUCAAAUAGAGCCCUUCCUCGUACUAUUCUCAACCAAUCCCGCCCCUGGAUCUCUUAUUUGAAUGUACUUUGGUCCAAGGAAAGUAAAGCGUCGUGCAUUCAAGAA